GAAGACACGAUGGCGGAGUCCGAGACAAAGAAGAUUAUUAAGUUGGUCCCUGAGAACCUUCUUAAGAAAAGAAAAGCGUAUCAGGCCAUUAAAGCGACCCAGGCCAAGCUUGCUUUACUGGAGAAAAGCAAGACGAAAAAGGGACAGGUGAGGUUCAAGCGUCUGGAGGAAUUUCAUAGAGACAGCAGGAGGAAGCACAGGGAUGAAGUGCGACUGGCGAGAAAUAGACACAGACCUCCUCCUGCUCUUCCUCCAGCCAAGAACAGCCUGGUGUUUGCUGUGCGCAUUCGACAGAUCAAAGGUGUCAGUCCAAAAGUGAUGAAGAUCAUUCACAUGUUCAGACUGAGCAAAAUCUUCAGCGGUACCUUUAUUAAAGUCAGCAAGUCCUCUAUGAAUAUGCUGCGAGUCGUUGAGCCCUACGUCGCCUGGGGAUUUCCUAAUUUGAAAUCGGUUCGUGAGCUCAUCUUGAAAAGAGGCCAGGGAAAGGCUGACAAGAGAAGGAUUCCUCUUACAGACAACACAGUCAUUGAGCAGUAUUUAGGUCAGCAUGGGAUCAUAUGUUUGGAGGACCUCAUCCAUGAAAUCUACUCAACCGGAAAGAAUUUCAAGGAGGCAAACAGCUUCCUCUGGCCAUUCUAUCUGUCCGUUCCUCGACACUCCGCCCAAGAUAAAGCCGGCCUUUUGAAAGAGAUGGGCGAGCCCGGACCUCGAGCUGAGGACAUUAACAGAGUGAUCAGGAGAUUUAACUGAAUCUCUGUGAAGAACUUGGACAAACUCUACUGUUUAAUGGAGAGUUAUUGGCGUUCCUGCCUUUACUUUUCUCAGUUCUGAUGCGAUACCAUGGGUCAGAUUGAGAUUGGACAUAGUUACAAAUCAUUUCCUUCGAAAGGAAGUAUCAGACCAGAUUUUGUCUUCAGCGUAAUGGUUGAAAAGGUUGAAAUGUUCCGUCUCACAGGCCAGAGUUUUCUUUAAUUCUGUGCAGCAAUUUAUAUUAAAACAAAUAUGGUUUAUUAUAAA